CGGGUGCGCUCCGACUCCUGCUUUGCGUUCCGGCCUCCGGCUUUUCCGCAUGCGUAGCGGGAGACGGAGCCCGCGCGGCAGCCUGGCGCUGGUCCUGCCGGGCGCGCUUCCGGCCGCGCAGGCGCAGGAGCCCGCGUGCCUGGCCGGGGGAAGGGACCGCAGAUGGUUUUCAGCAGUGCGUGAGGGGACUUCAGGAUCAUCGAAAGGCUGUUGAGGCGCACGGCUGUCAAGCUGACAAAAAGGUUAAAGGGGUAAUGAUGAGAGUCCAGCGCAGACUCGAAGAUGUGAAUGUGUCCUGAGACUGGCAGCCUUGAGCGGCAGAGAAGAAAGCGAUGUCCCUCCAAAAGAAAACAAAGGAAGCUUCAGCCCUUGUAAGAUCUGAAUCUACCCCUGGAGGUGCAGAGUAGGAUUGGGAGGUGAGGGGCUGCUCCGGUCCGCGGAGCGGGUGGUGAGUGAGAGCGACAGGGCGCCGGCACCGUGAAGAGAAGGAGCGCAGACACGGGGCACACAUCCAUGUGAUGAAAAUAAAAAGCACGCAUGGGAACUCUGAACCUUCAACAGGUGCCCAAGUCACCUGUGUCAACACAGAUGUCUGGACACCACCUCAGAGUUUCUGAUUCAGAAAGUCCAGGGCGAGGACUCAACAACUUGUGUUUCUCAGAAGUUCCAGAUGCUCCUGAUGCUGCCGGUGCAGGGACCAGAGUUAAGCCGCUGACCCACCCACUUGAGGAUGGGGGUUGCUUUUUGGGAGGGAGCAGAACAGGACUGCGAGGGGAAAGAAAAGAGAUCCUGUUUGCUGCGGGGAAUGGACUGGAAAAGAGAAAGCAGUGGUAGAGCCCGUGGGAGAGUGUCGCAGAAGCCCAGGUCACCUUCUAAGAAUCAGGCGUUGGGGGAAGACGCUCCGGAGACUGUGAGGCUGGAUUGGUGAACGAACGGCGUCGUAGAGUCCACUGGAGUCCUGGGAGACGCCUGGAGGGAGGGCUCCGGUGAGAAAGAUGCGGGCCCGCGAUCUCGAGGAUGGCGGCUGUGGGGGAGACAGAGACACGGCCGACAGGCCCAGGACUGCCUUCUGCUCGAACCUGCAGUAGAAAGUCGGGGCUCCGGGAGGAGCCGGCAUCGGGCACGCAGCUGCUUCUCUCAAACCCCGAUGCUCACAGCGGCCCCGGGCCCCUCUGUCCUUCCUGAGACAGGCUGGGCUGUGACUGCGCCUGUCUCCAUCUGAGGGGCCAGCGGAGCGCAGCGCCAUGGAGACGGGGCCCCCGGAGGGCAGGAAGGGGCCCGCGCCCAGGGAGCUGCCCCCGGCCGUGGGGCUGCUGCUGUCCAUGGCGCUCAUGAACGUCGUCCUCUACCUCUGCCUCGACCGGCUCGUCACCGUGCCCCGGGGCCCUGCGGAGCACCCCGGCCGCUGCCCGCCCGGCCACUUCAGCAUGGAGCAGGUGACCACCUGCUCCCCGUGGCUGUCCUGCGAGCAGCUGAGGACGGAAGUGAGGCCGCUGAAGCGCGUCGGGGAGGGAGCUGUGAAGACGAAGUGUGCGCGCACGGCCGUGUGGGGCAGCUGCUCGCCGGCCAGCGGUGGCAGGACAGCUGGCCCAGGGCGUGCGUCGUUUCAGCUCCUGCUGUUCCAGCCAAAGUCACGGAAAAGCAUGACCGUGUUAAAGCGUGUUCCCUGCGUACAGCCAUUCCUAUUUGUGGUUUCCUCUGCACCUUUUAAGGUGUUUCUGUCCGAGUGGAAGGAACGCAAGGUGGCCCUGUCGCGGCUCACCAGGCCGGAGGUGAGAGACGAUUUCCUGCACGGGCUGCAGAUGCUGCGGGCGCUGCAGAGCGAGCACGUGGUCACGCUGCUGGGCUACUGUGAGGAUGACAACACCAUCCUCACUGAGUACCACCCCUUGGGCGCCCUGGGCAACCUGGAGGCGACGCUGAGCCUCGCCAAGUACCGCAGCCUGAACACGUGGCAGCACCGGCUGCAGCUGGCCCUGGGCUACGUGGCCGUCCUCGACUUCCUGCACCGCAGCCCCCUGGGCACGCUGGUCAUGUGCGACUCCAGCGACCUGCCCAAGACCCUGUCCCAGUACCUGCUGACCGCCAACUUCAGCAUCGUGCUCAACGACCUGGACGCCCUGCCGCUGGUGAACCGCAGCUCCGGGGCCCUGGUGAAGUGCGGCCACCGGGAGCUCCGUGGGGACUUCGUGGCCCCAGAGCAGCUGUGGCCCUUUGGAGAGGACGUGCCCUUCCAGGACGACCUCAUGCCUGCGUAUGACGAGAAGACUGACAUCUGGAAGAUUCCCGACGUCUCCAGUUUCCUUCUGGGGCACGUGGAGGGGAGCGACAUGGUCCGAUUCCACUUGUUUGACAUUCACAAGGCAUGUAAGAGCCAGGUGCCUGCAGAGAGACCCACCGCUCAGGCCGUCCUGAACGCUUACCAGAAGGUUCUGAAUCUACUCAGAGACACCGCGACGUCUCAGACUAGAGAGAUGCUGUGAAAGACAGGGUGGUCGCUGAGGGAUGGGAGUCAGGGGACAGCUGGAAGAGCUGCCCCGGUUUUGCCCUGAUGGAAGGUGUUAGCGGCUCUGCCCCGGGUUCUUCCUCUCCUGACCGCCUGGCGGGAGUUGCUGAGCAAGAGCACAUGGGCUUGCUGUGAGCCUGGCUGCAAGCGAAGGGGGAGAGAAGCAGUGAGUCGGACCAGUAUCUGAAGGAAGUAACAAAAAUGAAGCUACAAAGAGGUGUCCCUAACAGCUGAAUCCAUAGGCUUGUAAGAAAUGUGCGUGGAGAGGUUUUUAAGUGGCAGUGUGGGGAAGAGACAAGCGGUGGUUCUUGCUUUGUCAGCUGAGUAUCUGCGGUGUGCUUCACGGUACCAAGGAGACGUCACUGUGUCUCAGGUGACUGCCCAGGGCCACGCCUGUGUCAUCCACGUCCCAGCGAGCUAGCGUGCAUGCUCUCUGAAACCUUGAGUGGAUAAGGAGCUUUGAAAGUAUCGUGUAUGACGGAAAUCCCAUCUGUGUUACUACUGCCUCGGAUGGUGCUUGUGAAAUUCCUCUUUACUUUCCAGCUGGAUAUUUAUUCUGUGCUCAACAUUAAUUAUCGUGAACAUUUUACACCAAUAGUGUCUGUCACUCACUCAUUAAUGGAAGGCGUUGACAGACUUUCCACUUGAGUUGCAUGAUUGAAUCCUUCAGAAAGCUUUCCUUGGUCUCUGUCAUCCUCAUUUGCAGGGGAGGAAGGAUUUGGUACAUAUUGAUCACUACCAAUAAGGGGGUCAAAGCUGGCAUUGAGGGCAGAAAGGCUGUGUGCAGGCCUCGUGGUCACCGGAAUUACAGAGAGCUGGCCCAGCCCCGCAGUCUCGGACUCAGUGUCUCGGUGGAGUCUCUGCAUUUCUCACUGGUUCCCUGGUGAUGCAGGCAGUGCUGCCGGUCUGGGAACCACAUUUCGAGAACCAUUGUCCUUACCUAUCCAGGCAGUAGACAGGGCGUGUGAUCAGUAUUAUCCUUGUUCUACCUCCCAUGGUGAUUGAGUCCUGGGAGUCCUAUGGUUGGUCAGAGAAUACGCUUGCCCAGAGUAUAUUAACUGCUGCUCUUAGUUUUAAACAUGCUGCCAGAACCCACGAGGAUGGCUGUAAUCAAAAGAAUGGACAGUAACAAAUGUUGGCAAGGAUGUAGAGAAUUGGAGCCUUCAUACGUUGCUGGUAGUAAUAAAAUGGCCCGGCUGCUUUGGGAAACAGUCUGACCGUCCUCAAAAGGUCAAAAAUAGAGUUACCGUGACCCAGCAGUUCCAGUUCCCAGUAUUUACCAAUGAGAAUUGAAAACAUGUCCAUAAAAGAACUUGGACACAAAUAUUCAUAGCAGCAUUAUUCAUCAUAGACAAAAGAUGAAGAUGUCCACCCGCUGGUGAAUAGAUAAAAGAAAAUGUG